AAGGACCUGACCUUAGUCCAUUCAGAUCAAUAGGGAAGUGAGGGAGGAAAGCGCAAUCGGAUCAUUUACACUGGCUGUUUCAGAGGAAAUAUAGACUUCCCUUACACUUUGUACUCACUGUAAAGUGGAUAUCUUAGAACGCACUAAGAGGCUGACUUCCCGUUUUUCGUGAUUGCAGCACGCUGUUUUCCCCGCGACAAUGUCUUUCCCGCAACUGGGAUAUCAGUACAUCCGACCGAUAUACCCACAGGACCGCCAAGGGAUCGCUAGCGCCCGACCCGGGACAGAGUUGAGUCCGUCCGGGGCUCUUUCCAACGUUCUCUCAACUAUGUACGGAUCACCUUUCGCUGCAGCGCAGGGCUAUGGAGCCUUUCUUCCUUAUUCUAAUGAUCUCUCCAUUUUCAACCAGUUGGGUGCCCAGUACGAGAUGAAAGACAGCCCAGGCAUUCAGCACCACGGCUUCGCUCACCACCCAGCCUUCUACCCGUACGGCCAGUAUCAGUUUGGUGACCCAUCCAGACCCAAAAAUGCAACCAGGGAAAGCACGAGCACCCUCAAGGCCUGGCUCAGCGAGCAUCGGAAAAACCCGUACCCCACCAAGGGGGAAAAGAUCAUGCUGGCCAUCAUCACCAAAAUGACCCUCACCCAAGUGUCCACCUGGUUCGCCAACGCCAGGAGGAGACUAAAGAAGGAGAACAAGAUGACCUGGACCCCGAGGACCCGCACUGACGAAGAGGGAAAUGUUUACACCAGCGAUCACGAGGGAGACGAGGGGGACAAGAGGGAAGACGAGGAGGAAAUUGACUUAGAAAACAUUGACACGGAAAAUAUCGAAAACAAGGAUGAUUUGGACGAUCAGGACGACUUGAAUGCCGAUUUGAAAUUAGACGGCAGAAGUGACUCGGAAAUUUCGGACGGCUAUGAGGAUUUACCGGGGGCAGACCAAAGGUUUCUAAAAUCAGUGGUGAAAGAGGGCAAAGAGAUUCACGUGGACCGGGACGACCACUUCCACCAUCACCACCUCCACCACCACCAUCAUGCGUUUGAAAUAAAAGCGCCUCAGCCAAACGGCGACCAAAUGAAACCCGCAUCCACCAACUCUCCUCCUUCAGAAAACAACGCGGCCCCUGCCCAGAAACCAAAGAUUUGGUCGCUGGCUGAAACAGCCACAACCCCGGACAAUCCUAGAAAAUCUCCACUAAUGAAUGGGGGCUCCGCUGGGCCUGCCGCCCAAACCAUCAUAACUCCACACAGACUUAUCUCAUGUCCUGUUGGCAAAAUCCAGAGCUGGACAAAUCGUGCUUUCUCGGCCCACCAGCUUGCGUUACUGAACUCCAACCAUUACCUCGGACUGGCCAACCAAGCCUCGGCCAACGGCCUAGCCCUCUACAGCAGGCAUGCAGAGGAAAAGAGUCAUAAUUCAGACUCAACUGUUAAAGAAAGAUCUAGUGCCUUGGAAGCAGAGACAAAGUUGUUAAAAACAGCCUUCCAUCCAGUUCAAAGACGGCCUCAGAACCAACUCGAAGCGGCGAUGGUUCUAUCCGCGCUCUCCUCCUCGUAGGGUCUCUUGUGGUUUUUCUUUUGUUUCCCUUUUAAUCUGUUGUAAGGAAUGUAAAUUAAGAAUAUUACACCUCUGUAUACUUACCUUGUAAGCAUGUCCAGUGUAAAACUGCUAAUGUUAUAAUGUAUGAACAUGUAGUCUGUGAGUUUUCUUUUUCUUUUUUUUCUUUUUGUAAGUUCCGUGAGGAUUUGAUGUUGAAAUGUUUUGUAUAUAACGUAAAGAAAAUGUAUAUAGUUGUGAACCAAAUUGUACAAGAAAGUCUAUAUUUUGGCUAAUAAAUGAACUGCUGCAACUUUAUAACUUCAUACGUGUUUUUGAUGCGGUGGUUCUCACUUGGUGUGACAAUCGUAGACUUCACAAUCUAUAGGCCCUGUUAACCGUGGCUGUGCACAGUGAGCGAAGGGGCGCUCAUUUGCAGGGGAAAGGUGGAGGAGCGGUGGUACAGUGUAUGUUGGCUAUGAGGAGGAUUGGAAGUAUUUUCAUAUUUUAGGGACUGAACUGCAAUUAGCUGUAAAUAUUUGGAUAUUAACGCGUCAGGAUUAGCUUCAUUGAGGCGGAACAGACACAUUUGAAGUGAAUAAUUAUUUCAUUUUGGUCUGGAAUUGUAUGAAGUUCACCACCAGUCAGUGUGUGUUAAUAUUCCAACCUUAAAAAAUCUGGAGCUUUGGGGUUAAAUGCUGUCCUUAGUGUAUGAUUUGCAUAAGCAAGGGAAUCGUGUGAUAUUCCUCUGAUUUUGUUAUUUUAAAAAUGUAUAAUGAAUUUUAAUCAGACA